AUGAAGCCGUUGGCAGUACUUAGUGAUGUCCAUAGCACGUCGUCUUCCCCUUCAUUCAAUCCCUUACGAGCCUUACAAUUGAUACUUUCAGCUGAUACGGUGUCUAUGAAACAACGUAUUAAGGCAAUCCAAGAAUUAGACGACUACUUGCGUGGUUUACCUCGUACUCGAGGUUUAUUCCUCUUCUAUGAGCCAUAUUUGCCUCUAUUAACCGAGAUAUUAGUCACAAAUGAUCCAGAAGUACAGACAACUGUAUUAAUCAUGCUACAGACCCUUUCAUGUCAUAAUCCUAGUGCAUUUAUUGACUGGAUUACUCGAAAUAUACAAGUAGGGAAUGAACCAUGGUUUGUUCAAUGGAGCUAUGCGUUAUUGCUACAGACUGAAGAAGUAAUACCUCUUGUAAAACAAGAGAGUGAGAAGGAUGGACAAUGGGAUCCUCAGUCGACACAAAUGAGAGAGUUUGAUCGAGUGUUUACGCAAGUGAUGCUCAUGUGGAGAACAGUAUUAGAUUAUACAGAAGAUGACGCUCUUGUUGAUCAAUUGGUGAAUUAUCUACAGCAUCUUAUGAUGAAAGAAGAAGAAGAGGACGAAGAGGAGGAAGGAAUAACAACAGCAACAAGUGGAAGAAAGCAGUGGAAAACAUUGGUAUUGAAGAAACUACAGACGCAUUUUGUCGAUAUUGCAGACGUUUUAAUUGGAUGGAUGAUGACCACAGGACCACGUAGUAUACUACGAGAGGCAAUUCUCUCACUUUUGCAUGAAUUUGGUCAAUUGUGGGCAGAUAAUAGUGUGUUUAGCCUUCAGUUACUUCAUUCAUUUGCAGAUGAAAUUACCAAUUUGUGUGAUUCAUGGAAGGAUCACCAGGAGAGUGACAAUGAUCGGCUUAGUACUCUAUUGAUGUGUUUUAUGAUGGUGGCACAAUGUGUUCCGGACCUCGCCUUUGCGGCUGCUGAAAGCACUGAUAGCCCUUUUGUUCGAGUGCUUCAUCGCGUUGUAUCCUGUCCUCAGCCGGAAUAUUCCCUCUUCUGUUUGGCGAAUUGUUCAGAAUACCUGGUGGCGAUAUCAAGCUGUAAGCACAGCAGCUUUCCUCCUCUCUCGGUUGCUGCAGUGAGGUUCCUACUGUACCACUGUGCUGUGCAGUCUCAAAUGCACGACAGUGAAAUUGACAAGUUGUCGAAAGUUAUGGAAAACACUUGCAAGCUAGCAAGUGCAAACUUUUGCAUGAUUAAAGAUCCACUUUCAGUGCAGACUACUGCGAUAGACACUCUGGAAGAUGAUGUGCCCUGUAAAUUCUUCAAAAGAUGCAGCCAAUCGAAGCGUGAAAAAACCAUAGAAUGUUUAUAUCAGUUGAAACUUGCAAGUGGAGUAACGCAUGUUACCCAGCUGUGUUUAGAGUUAGUGCGAUUGGGUGGAAUUGGUGCUCUCAAGGCGCUUGGGGUGCAAGCACUUCAGCGUUUGAGUGACCUACACAGCGAAAAGGAAACCAGUUGUUUUGUGUUUGAAGCUACAUGCUUUAUCUUAGCCUCUCGGAAUCCUGAAAGGCUUACGUAUAGAGGUGGCCACCAUGAAGCACAUGUUAUCGCGUUUCUUGAACUGGUUUUAGUGAAGCUAGAAAAGCAGAAUCAUCGAAGUUGUCAGCAUAGAUUGACGCCUCGGCAGCUGUGCCUUGUGCUGAAAAUGAUGUGCGCGUUUAUUGGCGCUUUGUCUCACUGUAAUUUUGGUCGAAGCAAUGCUACUGAGUUGGUGAACAAGGUAUCACUGCGAAUGCUGGAAUGUGCGUCAAGCCUGCUGGCCAGUGGUAACGCAAAAGGUUUGGAUUAUCGGUCUACUCUUGACUUGUUGAAGGUGAUAGGUACUAUAUUAUCUGAGUCAAAACUUGUCUCAGUUGUGCCGCACAAGGUUUGCUUGCAAUUAGUGAAAGCUAUAACCGUAGUUGUGCACUGUUCAAGUGUAAGAGUGCGAGAAGAGUGUCUUCAGGUUUUAAGUGCGCUUACGUUUUGUGCUGAAGCUCAUUCAUUUGCUUGUAACGUACUCGAAGUGUCACUUGACCUAGCAUUGGAUCACCGUAUACGAGACAAGGUUGUAUCUUCCGUUAUGAGUGAUGUAGCUCGAUGGGCUCUUUUGACACAAGACAAAGUGAGUGCGCCACGCAACCGAUUGCAGGAUUUACAUGCUUCAUUCGCUGGAGCAGAUUUUGAGAACAUUAUGAGUUUGUUUCAGGCCUAUGAAUGCAAUACAGCUGAGUGGAAUCGCGUCUGUGGAAGAAUUGUUGACCGAAUUGCCCAGGGUGUAGUAUUUAGAAACGCUGAUGUGCUUCUGAAUGCAGUUCGCCAAGCGGCAGGAUGGUGCGUCCACUACAGACUACGCACCCAUUUUGGAGGGCCAGCUCAAAGCUUUAAGAGCAUUGAACGCUUGUUGCAGGAGUAUUCGAUUCGGAUGCAACAUGUUUCUGGGCAGACAUCCCAAAAGAGUGUCGGGCAGCUUUUAUGUAAUUGGCUGUUGCUUGAGUUUGUGAUCGCGUUAGAGAUGCGUAUCAUUCGUGCUGUUUGCUCGACCGGGGGAGAUCACAGCAGCCUUGAGAGUGAAGACAAUAAAUCAGCACUCUUUUUUCGUACAAACAAGGCGGUGUGUGACGAUUGGUUUAUCAGAAUACGACCUCUUCUCGUCGAAAUGUCAAAACAUGGACCGUCCUACGAAUUAUGCCGGUAUCAUAGCCAUGCCAGGAUGACGACCUGCUACAGUAGACUUAGCAGAGCGAUGACGUCUCUGACAUCCCAUGGGGGCUCUGAGCAAGUUUACAACGAGCUGAAAGAAGCAGAAAAGGAACUGGACGUUGCAUUAUUUUCACUAUGUCGCUGCCAUGUUGUUGCAAAAGAUGCAGAUUCAAUUGUUGGGUUUCGAAGAUGGGGUGACUCUGUAACUUCUUCUCUAAGCAACUGGUACCAAUCGAGUAAGGAAGUUUUGGACACUGAGAAAGAACAACUUGAAGUGCCCUUGUUUCAAUGGUUGAGUGCAAUGCAUUUUGAAGCUAAAAUGCGGUAUGAAGAUGCAGCAGCAGAGUACGAGUCACUGCUGCAACCGUUGCUAUCUGACGUCGAAUCCUGUUUCUCACGAGACGUCAGCGUUUCAAAGAUAGUUGAAUCGCCAAUGCAAUAUCUUCGCAUGUCGCACCAUGCACUACUAGGAUGCUUUGAGCAAUGCGCAAAAUGCUACGCGUCUCUGCGUGAAUGGACCAAGCUUCGAUCGCUUGUUUCCCAUUUUGUAAACAUGGCUCAAUCACUAAUGGAUUCUGGCCAUUCGAUCGAGAGGGCUCGAGCAAUUCUUGCCAUUAGUGAUACGUGGAGUAACGAGAUUGAGAAUAUACGCAGUCUUGAGCCUGAAGUAGUUGUAUUAGCAGAAGAUGCCGCGAGUAAGGGCGAAUUGAAGAUUGAUUCGAUGAACCGAGCGGCACUGGCGCUUCGUGUAUGGAGCAUUUUCAGUAGCCCAGUCGCUGGAUCGCCAUUGUUGCAAUCGGACAAUGUUGUUAGCCAGCUAUCGAGUGAGCUGAUACCGUUGGCGUUGCAGCCGUCUCCAUGGAAUGGCUACGCAGGUGAAACCAUUAGCAAAAGAGCAGAGGAAAUUCUACUUCGCAUGUUUGGGUGUUCUCAGAAGGCACGAUCAUUUGAAACGCAGCAGGCUGAGUUGCCCAUGGAUGGUUUGAGGUUAAAUCAUGAGGUGUAUGACUGUGCUGUUUGGAGCCAGCCAUUUGGCACACCGAGUUUGAACUGCUGGUCUGAUCAUAGGUCAGCUGAAAGCGGCGAUGCAGAUUGCCUGCACUUGGUGAGUGUUGCCAGGUUGACCCGAAAGCAACACAAUUUUACUUUCGCUCGACAUUUGUUGAAAGAAGCUGCAGCUAUCAAGGGCGCAAGCCAAAAGUCUUUAAUGGCAGUCAAUUACGAAAAAGCAAAAUUACUGGAGAUAAUAGGAAUGGAGGAUGAAAGUCGUUGUCUGUUGGAGGCACAAUGUGAAAUUGAUUUGAGCUCUACUGAAUUACUUAGCGGGCUGGAGAAUGCCACAACUCGGGCCUUCUUGCAUCUCGCUACAACACUUGCUAAAGUUGAUAGCACCAAGCAAUUGUCGCCGGUUACGUGUCGCAUUGUCCAAAAUACGCUGAUGGGUAUUACGAAUCUUGACAAGCGAGAGCUGCUGAAGGACCAAAACGAUUUGGAUUUUCUGCCUCAGCUGGAAGAUGCAGCGGUGUACAAAUGCCUUGUAGCUGCAACGGCUGUAUCGCCAAAAUCAGCAAAAGCGUGGAUUCGGUACAGCCACUGGUGCUAUGACCAAGGAAAACAGGAAAUAGCACGAAUUACAGAGAAAAAUGGAUAUAUCCAUCUAGAUUCGUCGGACGAAGCGAGGGUUAACGAUCUUCUGGACGAGAUUGGUAUCGCUGAACUGGAACGUGAUCUAAUUGUACGAGCUUUUUGUCAUUUCUUGGAAAAUGGUGAACUCGUCGGCCCACGAGUCGACUAUAUUCAUCAGAUUUGUACGAGUCGGGUGCCUGACCAUAAUAGUGAUGCACUGAAUCGUUUGAUCCAGCUGCAGCGGCUGUGUCAUUCCAAGGUUCUUAGAUUUCAUAGGCUAUCUGCUCAUGGCUACGGGAAAUACUUGACAGUGCUGCUCAGCGAUCCGAACGCCAACUUUCCGAAGCAGGAGAUUACAAUGGUUGCACUUCGUGUACUUGGCCUUUUGACAACGUACGGAGCCGAAAGUGACAUGGUGUCAGCGCUUGAAGGAGUAUUUUCCAACGGGUCAGUGACUCCAUGGUCCUAUAUUGUGCCUCAAUUGAUAGCGCGGGUGCAUCAUCCGGUUGCGGCCGUGUCGUCUUUGGUUUGUUUGAUUCUUAAACGGUUGGCACACCAUUCACCCCAUUCAAUUGUUUAUCCGACUGUCAUGUAUUGUAUGGAGGAUUGUGAAAAGGAGCGAAGUGCAGCGAACACAUUUACUGCUGUUCUACAUGAGCUGGAAAAUGUGUCAUCUGGGCAAGUUGAAGGAGUACGGUUGCUAAUUUCUGAACUCCGUAGAAUAUCUAUACUGUGGGAUGAAGCCUGGAUCAGCGCGCUGAUGAAACUGACGGCUGAUGUCGCUCGACGGACUUGCACACUGGAGAAAGAAGCGACUCGAGUUGAUAGGAAUGUCUCAUUAUCUGCUAACGAAAAGGCUGAAUUAGCACAGCGAAAGAUGGUGGCUAUAAUGAAGCCAAUUCUGGUUUCGAUUGAUAGGUUGUGGAAUGAAACGUGUGGUCGUGCUCGUGACCAACCCAAUGUCUCACCGCAUGAGCGCAAAUUUUUAAAAGAAUAUGGUGGGUUGAUUGAGAAAGCUAUAGAAAGCUUUCGCGAUUGUUGCUCAUCAGAAUUGCGGGUGGAAAGUAUUAAGACACCACAAGAGCUCUGGCAGCCUUUCGCUGAUAUAAUGAAGGCUCUGAUGAACGCUACAAGCCGAAGAGAUCAAUUAUUGCUUCAUGACAUAUCGCCAGCAAUGGCUUUGGCUUCUCGUGAAUUGGUACUCACCAACAUGCCUGGGGCCUUGUCUGGACAGAGCGAUCCCACCACUAUUUAUCGUGUGAAUCCAUUUGUGACCGUUAUGAGAACAAAAACGAAGCCGAAGUCUUUAGGAUUCAUUGGAUCCGAUGGAAAAACACACAAGUACUUGCUCAAGGCCCGAGAAGACUUACGUUUGGAUGAGCGCAUCAUGCAAUUUUUACGAGUGACGAACGAUUUCUUGCGUGCUGACACUGCUGCUGCUGCUCGAGAUUUGUCAGCUCAAAAUUAUAGUGUGAUACCGCUCUCGCAAAAUGCUGGCUUAAUCCAGAUGGUCCCAGACGUUGUUCCGCUUUUUCAAGUGUAUGUAUCCCGAAACGAGGACGAAACAACCAAUGAACAAGUUUCUCAUAAUUCUGCUGCAGCGUCUUCGGCGCAGCAGCCACCACCGCCUACAGCUCUAUUUUAUGCAAGGUUGAAGCAUCAUGGAGUUACAAAUGUGUCGCCAAACAAUCGAGCUCAGUGGCCAAUUUCUGUGCUAAAGCAAGUGUAUCUGGAGCUUGUUGCGCAACGUCCGCGCAAUGUGCUGUUGCAGGAGAUUUUACUCCGCAGUGAAGAUUUGCGAGAAAGCUGGACAAAAAGUGUGCGGCUAAGCAAAUCCCUAGCUGUAAUGUCCGUUUUAGGGUACAUUGUUGGACUAGGCGACCGGCAUUUGGACAACAUGUUGCUUUGUGUCAACAGCGGAAAUAUCUUACAUAUUGAUCAUAAUGUAUGCUUUGAAAAGGGACGCACACUUAAGGUGCCAGAAGUCGUGCCAUUCCGGCUGACACCAAUGUUGCAAGAUGCACUUGGGUUUACAGGUGUGGAGGGAAAAUUUCGUGUAGCCUUUGAAACGACCUUACGCGUCGUGCGCUCGCAUGAUGUUCGCGAAGCGUUACUGACGUUAUUCGAAGCGUUUGUAUACAGCCCACUUGUCGAUUGGAUAUCUGCGGAUAAGCGACAAGGUCGGUCAGGAGACUUGAAAGCUCGGCUGGAAGUUAACGUGAAUCUGUCUUUGUUCCUGUCACGAGCCGAAGAAAGACGACAAGACACAAUCACCUUUGGACGACAAUAUGAGCAAUUUGCUGACGUAAUCACUCGUAUCUUGGAAGAAACAAAAGUUCCGAUUAUCGACUUGCUGGAACAACGCAAGCGAGUACAGUCUAUUGAGAAAGAGGAGCAAGCGUUGUUAAGGGAGGUAUCGAAAAGUGAGACUGAGAUGUGCACGUAUCGAAGUGGUCAAAAUUUUGCUUACGCAAGUAUGGAAGCUGCCACUGCUCAGGCCAAGGAGAUGAGCGCAAAACUUGCUGCUUUUGCAAAUGAAUGUUUUGCAAAAUAUCAACAGAUUGAAGUGUGGAGGCAGAAAAGCAUAAGUUUUGCUGAGACUGAUCCUGUGGUACAACUAAAUGCCGUGACAAAAGGGGUUGAUUCAGCUUCUUUUCAGGACGCGCACGCAAGACUGAGCGAUAUACUGGCAAAAUCUUGGUAUGAUGGCCCGCAAGAAGAAGUGUUUGCCGCAUUGGAGUCAAAGUGCAUAUCGCUUGAUAUAAAUGUGAGACGUCUACGCGUCGAAAUUGAAAUGGUCGCCAUGCAUCUGAUCCCUUGUCUUUCUACUUACAGCCACUGUCGAAAAGAAUUGGACGCAUAUCUGGAUUCAGCGUUACAAGCGUCAGCAAAGGAUGUAUACAUAUAUUGGUGGAAUCGUUGUACUGAGUGCUUACGUGGACUAGUGGCUGGCGCAAAUGCUGAACCUGUUAGUACUGAGAUGAGUCGGCCAAUUGCUCUUUCUCAAAAAAGUCUAGAUUACUCCGAUGUCAUGAUAAAGCGCCUUGAUGAAGAUGACCUUAGGUAUCCCAAAUAUAUCGGCGAAAUGAAACAAGAUCCGUCUAUUAUCUUGGAAGCGACCCAGUUGCUUCAAGAAGUAUGGAAUGCGCUAUCUGCAAUAAAAUUGUCGAAUGCUCAAGGCCAACGCCUACUGAAGCUUGCAGGGGCGUCUUGGAUCGUCGAUAUUAUGAAGAAACUAGGCUUCUACUCGAACGUUAAUGCAGCUGUGACCGGUGCUUUCACUCCCGUACUUGCUACUCCUGUGGAAUUCCAGCAGAUCGUUACUGUGUCUUAUGCGUGCUCCACCUUGCUAGAGUUAGUCUCGACGCCAAAAGGCUCGAUGAAGAGGCUUCGAGCAAGUGAUCUUUUGGCGGAGAUUCGUGAAAACGAUUUAGCAGAAAGCAAUCAGCGGGCUAAAGCAAAUUUGCAAUUGUUUAUUGACGCUCUUCAAGCUGUGGGAUCAUUUGCCGUUGUGCUUCAGGAAGAGUUCAUCUCUAACCUUCAUGGUAGACAAUGGGAUAAAAAUGUAUGCCAAGAUUUAUUGAAAAGUGUCAGGGAAAUGUCAGGUGGAAUACAAAGCGUGACGGAUACAAUUCUGAUGCCGUCUGCAAUCAAUGAUGGACAGCUUUCGGCGCACAUUGCUAUCCAGAAUGUCCUUACAGCUGCUUUGAAGGUGAUCCGAAAGUUUUCAGCUGUUGCUGGCUCAUUGCAGCAAGGUUCAGUUUUAACAGAUAAAAAGGCUGAACGCAUGAAUAUUUUGUCUAGCUCGAGUUGGAUUGAGUUGGUACUCAACUUUAUUACGCUGUUAUCUGCGGAUCAACCCAAGCAGAGAUUCGAAGAUGAAGCACGCACACUUUGGUCUGAUCAUAUGGAUGCUUUUGUUUCCAGCUGUGUGGUAAAAUUACUCCGCUAUCUGCUUUCAAGUGUCAUCUCCUUUGAGUGGAAAUUUGAUUUUUUCGUAGUGGCUGAAGGGAUGGAUAUCAACGCCAUCAACGAGGUGCAGACUUUACUCAAUUCUCGAUGGCUUGCUUUUUUCCGUUCGCAAAUUGCAGACAUUUUGCCGUCUGCUUCGUCGAAUGAUACGUCAGAAGCACACGUAAACGCAGUAAACAAGUCGGUCGCUCGACUGAUGGCAGUUUGCGAAGAGUGGUGGAGUCAGAAGUGGAGAAUAUACCAGUCAGCAUUGUGGCAGAAAAAAAUAUCUUCCCUUCGCACACGGCAUGAACGACGACUUCGAUAUGGUACAUGGCUAGCGACGUCGCCUACGGAUUCAGUCAAUUUGGGAGAAUCACCAUGCCUUAGUCGAGCCAAAUUGCUCUCAUUCCUGUCAUCACAAAUUCCCCAUCUAAAUGCUUUGCUCACGGACCAGAUUGCCGUUGAAGCGGACGCGUUAGAAUUGGCGCAACAAAUGGAUUGUCUUGCCUCAAAUUUGAGUUCUGCUUCCCCCAAUGACCGACAAUCUGCCAACGAGAAGUUUCAUGAAUGCGUCCAAAAGAGUUACACCAACGCAGUCGCACUCUUUGACUAUGGACGAGCUUUGGCUGACCUUGUUCAGGGUAUUAGUGUAAUUGAAACGUCGUCCGGCGACUUCGUACAGGGUGCGGGACAGAUGGAGCUCGAAGUAAAUGUUGUCGGAAAGAGCCUUCUGCACAAAGCGUUUGAAGCUACUAUAAAGCUUCAAGCGUGCAGUAACGCUGUCAUUGAAGUGGAGGCCCGUGCGCGUGCUCUUGAAGAUGAAAUUGAGCGCAAACGUGCAUUGUACAAUACCAUCGCUUUGAGUAAAUGUGCCACCAAAGCAAGAUUUGAUGAGAUAUGUAGCCAAAACAAAGAUACUGUUGUGGAUGUUUCACGUAUGCUGUGGAAACAUGUAAAAGAGCUGCGCUUGUUGCUGAGGAGUUUCGACAAGUUCAAGAAACCGCUGAAGCAAACUACGCCUGCAGAAUCCGAGGGUGACCCCUUACAGACACAGCUACAGGCGGAGAAAAAUAAAUUGCUGUCAGUAGGCCCCCUUUCUCCGAGGUUCACAGUUGGGUAUUUCUUUAUGGAAAACGAUCGACUUGUGAAGAUUCUGUUACGCAGUAUUCGAUCAGUGAAACAUCUGCAGCUGCUGGAAGGGGUUCUUGAGCGGCAUGAAGAGGCUUGCACCGAGAUUCGAGAAACGAUUGAUCAGAUUGACCAAGCUUUGGCUGAUUUUGAUACUCUAGCUAGCCAGUUGCUUGUAGAUGAAAGCCAAGAUAAGGCAGGUGUUGACUCAGAUGCUGAUGCAAAACUUACACUGCUCCUCAAUUUGAUUGAAGCACUUCGUGUUAUAAAUGCGAAGGAAUCACAGCUUCUGUCCGAAAGUAGUGCAAGAAUUGAUACCACGGACGAAACUUCGAUACCUCUUCUUGUGGUGGGCCGUGAUCUCGUGCGCAAAUGUGUGAAGCUGUUUUUCGAAGCAACUGAAAUGGCUGAUCGAAUGUCAAGUGCAGAGGAUGAGAGUCACAAAACGGACGAUGAUGUCUCGACGCAAUAUGUAAAUGACGAGGAUGAGGAGCAGCAUGAAAAUACCGACAACUUUGGUGCUCCUAUCGCCAUAGAAUCCGGCAAUAGUGUCGUAUUAGGUGUAUGCAGUGGGAAUAGCUCUCAUGCCACGACCACAAGUUCUCCUUGCAAUGUUGAGGAAAAAAGUCGGUAUGGUUUGCAAGUUCUGAAGCGCAUUGAAGAAAAGCUGUCAGGAACGGUAACGGAAAUGGCUCAUGCACCUUUCGCGCUAACAGUUGAACAACAGGCAUCGUGGCUCAUUGACGAGGCUACAAAGACAGACAAUCUAUGUGUCAUGUACGAAGGAUGGACACCAUGGAUUUAA